AUGGACAAUUUAAAUGAUAUAACUGAUGAUUUGUUAUGCUUGCCAGGUUUCCUGAGGAGAAACCUUCUGUUAAUCAGAGAUUUAGAUUUAAAAUCGUCAUCCCUCUUUCAUGAAGCCAAUAAACUAUCAGCUUCGGUGUUUGGAACCGAACACGACAUGUAUCUAAAGACAAAUUCCUCUAUCGACAAGUUAUCCACAAUCUCAGCCCCUUCCACUGCAUCCCUUAAUUCCUCUAUUAAGCAGGACCCACCCUCAGGCAAACAAGAAUCUGCCUCGAAGAAGGAUGAGAGCCCAGAAACUAAGACAAAAGCAUCGAAGAAUAAGCACGAGGCAGAAAAGCCGGAAAAACACACUGGCGGUAAAGGAGGAUCGAGUAAAAGAAAAAUCAGUAGGGACUCAACGUCUACUGACGACUCAGAAAACCUGUUUUUUGAACACACAAAACAGUUUGAUGAGAUUCAGAACCUGAGAAUGCAGGGAAUAUAUGUUCUGCAGGAAAAAAUAGACGUUAACACACAGAUAACCACCAUGCUCAAGUACGAAUACGAGAACCUGAAGUCGAAGUUUGAUUCAAUAUACGCGGAAAUGGACCUGAAGGGGCAAAUACCUCACGAGCUGAAGAUGUACAUCGCAUCGAACAAGAAGAGGUUCUUCCCCCUGGGACCUCUGGACGACAAUGACCCGGAAUCUGUCAAAAAGCCAGAGGAGAGGUCCUUGGCACACAACCAGAUGGAUAUCGCCACAAUGUUCAGGAACGUAGUGAACAAUCAGAACGCUAUCAAGGAAGAAGGGAAGGUGGCCGCCGAACAAGAUCCGAAUGAAGGGAAGGAACAGUACACGGAGCACGGAAGCAAAUUGGUGAAUAGAAAAAUCUCCUAA